UGGGCUUAAACAACUCAUUAUCAAUUUCACAUCAUUCCUCUUCAUUGAUAUGCAAUAAGCAUAAUUCACAAGGUCCCUGCUUCAUUAUCAUCAUCGUUUCUUGCAGUCACUCGCCAUUUAAAUAUUUUGUUAUCCACCACCCAAUGCACACAUCUACUACUUGCUUUUAGUGGAAAUAGCAUUCGAUACUCCAACGCAGGACAUUUUGUGCUAAAAGUGACGGAAGACAAGGUUAUUUUACCUCAAUCAAGUGUAACCCCUACUGUCUCAACUCAUCUUCGUUUUCAUGAACACAUCUCACUCUCAACAACAAUUUCUGUAAUUUGCUUACUUACUUUGUUGGUUAUUAGCAAAGUCAAUUUGUUCCCAGCAGAAGAUGAGUCUCGCUGUCCUCUCAUCUUUGUAGCAUCAUAAAUCAUUGCUGCCUCUUCUUCAACAUGAGAUUCCUUCCCAAAAACAAUAAUGGCACUAGUUGGCCCAAAGUUAUUAACAUUGAUUUUGAGGAAAAAUAGCACAAUACCUGACCCAUUAGUGCAUUAGACAUUGUGCGAUGAAGAUGGGCCAUUGUUUGCUCAUCUUCAUUUUUCAGUGGUUGCUUCUUUGUUAUGUUGAAAAGUGCGUAUCUCAAGAUGAGAAAAGCAGUGGGGUAUCUCCAGAAGAUGUGUUACCGAACCUUCCUCAUGUGGCUACAAGACUUCCCUUUGAUACAGGCGAAGUUGGAUUGAGUUCCGAAUCUGAAAAGGAAGCUGUGCCUUUUAACAAGACUGUUUUUCUUAUCCCGAUAACGGGAAUACUUUUGGUUAUCGCGAUGGUGCUUUUGUAUGUUUUCUACACGUGGAAAAUGAACAAGGAGGAAAAUGGAACUAAUGUUGGAAAACCAAAAGUGGAUGACGAUUUUGCAUUUACAGAAGAUGACGAAUCUUCAAUUUCUGAACAGACAGAGGAACCUGAAAUUCCAGUAUUACAGCCGGAUUCACCACCAAGUUACAUUGAAGCUACUUCUUGUAUUACUACCAGUAACCCACACCCACCAAUUUAUUCUUCCACUCCAACCUUAAUGUAGAAUGUAGAUGUAUCUAGAUGUAGAAUGUCAUGCAAGAUGAUGUAUGAUAAUAUUAGAUAUGUAUAGUAUGCAAUGUAUGCAUGACCAUCUCGGAUUUGAUUGCCAGUUAAACCUAGUCAUUUGUUGAAUUUGUGGUUUACUUGUUUUUGUUAAAAAUGAUAAUAAAUGUACAUAUGGUGCGAAUUAAAA